GGCUGGCCAGAACGGUGUUUCGGAGAGUGCUUUCUGUUGACCGUGCAAGGUAGGCGCAGCCUGCGUCCGGUCCUGCGCGCCAGGCGUGGCGGGCUCGGAGGUCCAGCCAUGCUGUUUUGGCACACGCAGCCGGAACACUACAACCAGCACAACUCCAGCAGCUACCUGCGUGAUGUGCUCGCUCUGCCCAUCUUCAAGCAGGAGGAACCCCAGCUGUCCCCUGAGAAUGAAGCCCGCCUGCCACCCCUGCAGUAUGUGCUGUGUGCUGCCACAUCCCCAGCCGUGAAGCUGCAUGAAGAGACACUGACCUACCUCAACCAAGGUCAGUCUUAUGAAAUUCGGCUGUUGGAGAAUCGGAAGCUGGGAGACUUUCAAGAUCUGAACACAAAGUACGUCAAGAGCAUCAUCCGUGUGGUUUUCCACGACCGUCGGCUGCAGUAUACAGAGCACCAGCAGCUGGAGGGCUGGCGGUGGAGCCGGCCUGGAGACCGGAUCCUGGACAUCGAUAUUCCACUGUCUGUUGGUAUCUUGGACCCCAGGGCCAGCCCAACCCAGCUGAACGCAGUCGAGUUUUUGUGGGACCCUUCGAAGAGAGCCUCUGCGUUCAUUCAGGUGCACUGUAUCAGCACAGAGUUCACGCCAAGGAAGCAUGGAGGCGAGAAGGGAGUGCCUUUUCGAGUGCAGAUUGAUACAUUUAAGCAGAACGAGAAUGGGGAGUACACCGAGCACCUGCACUCUGCCAGCUGCCAGAUCAAGGUGUUCAAGCCAAAGGGAGCAGACCGGAAACAAAAGACCGACCGGGAGAAGAUGGAGAAGAGAACCGCCCAAGAGAAGGAGAAGUACCAGCCGUCCUAUGAAACCACCAUUCUCACUGAGUGUUCUCCAUGGCCCGACAUGGCUUACCAGGUAAACAGCGCCCCAUCCCCCAGCUACAACGGCUCUCCAAACAGCUUCGGCCUUGGCGAAGGGAACAGCUCACCGACCCACUCCCACCCAGUGGAGGCCCUGCCCGUGGGCAGUGACCACCUGCUCCCGUCAGCCUCCAUCCAGGACGCCCAGCAGUGGCUCCACCGCAACAGGUUCUCGCAGUUCUGCCGGCUGUUCGCCAGCUUCUCAGUCCCACUUACCUGCCUAGGUGCUGACUUGCUGAAGAUGUCUCGAGAUGAUUUGGUCCAGAUCUGCGGCCCUGCAGAUGGAAUCCGGCUUUUCAAUGCCAUCAAAGGCAGGAACGUGAGGCCGAAGAUGACUAUUUAUGUCUGUCAGGAGGUGGAACAGAACCGAGCGCCCCUGCAGCAGAAGCGGGAUGGUGGCGGGGACAACAGCAGCCUGUGUGUGUACCAUGCCAUCUUCUUGGAAGAACUGACCACCUUGGAGUUGGUUGAGAAGAUCGCCAACCUCUACAGCAUCUCCCCACAGCACAUUCACCGGGUCUACCGGCAGGGGCCCACGGGCAUCCACGUGGUGGUCAGCAACGAGAUGGUGCAGAAUUUCCAAGAUGAAUCCUGUUUUGUCCUCAGUACCUUAAAAGCUGAGAGCAGUGAUGGCUACCACAUCAUCCUGAAAUGUAGCAUCUGAGCCGAAGUACAGCCAGCAGCUGCCUCCACCUCCCAGCCCCAUGGACCCCCUUGGAUGUAGAAAUUGCACCACUGUAAGCUGCAGCCUCCCCUGGCAAGCUGCAGCUAGAAGUGACCUUGCCUGGUGUGUGAGAGCCACAGACCAACAACCAGCAGAAACCCACAGAUGUGGAGUCCUGGGCAUGCAGAAAACCAAUGGCUCCUCUCUCCCUUCCCCUUCAGCUUGAAUGGUUCUUUGGUCUUGUUCCCAGACCUGCCACUCUAGAGACACAAACAGUGGGGUAUCUGCUCUGAAACCCUUUGCGCUCUGAGCUGGAGGCUAGUCCACUGGCUGUCUUGGUGCCUCCUGACCUCUCUUCUGCUGCCAGAUAAAGUUCUGCCUCACCCCAACCUUCACCUUCUCUGGUGACUGGCCCCAUGGCUGAGACUGCUGACUAGAUGGGGGUGAUUCGCCACCAUCGUCUAUCUUUGUUCAUGUUGGUUUCCAUCUUUGGUGGCCCUGGUGAGCAUCUGUCUGUCCUGCUCUUGGAUGGAUUGAUGGGAGUGGGGUUUAUUCUGUACCUUCUUCUCCUUUCACCUUUACCGUGUUUCUAAGGAUCUGCUACUACAAAGCCCAGAGCUGGGCUCAUCUCUCUGCAUCGGUGGGAUACCACAAUAUGCGUGUAGGACCUGCUGCACAGACCUGAAGGCUGCUUUUAGGCACAUUCUCAUGAGUGUACAAAGGAUGAGAACAAAAUGAUUCCUUGUGAGCUCCUUUGGUGUAGUUUUAUUUCCUAGCCAUCAUGGGUAAGGACGAGGAAAUGGUCAUCCCAGUGUAUGAUGAGGUGACCUUGAUUGUCACAAUGCCUGGCCUUCUUGGGUGGGCUCACCAAACCCCAUUAAAGAAGACCUUAGCUACCUAUGGCCAAGCCUGCCAAGUUUCCUAGGGGCAUUGCAUUUUCUGUGAGGGCCCUAUUUAAAUGUUGAUCUUUCUUCACUUGCAGGGGAUGUGGGUAGAGCAUUUUGCCUAUACUGGUGUGACUGGAUCACCUUUCGUAGUGGCCUAUGAGGAAAUUUGAGUAUCAGUAACUGGUAGGCUGGCAGCUGUUUCCUAGGACCCAGCAAUCCAUGCUGGCUCAGGGCUUCAAUUCUUUGCUAAUUUAGGUUCAUAUUCCAAAGCGUGGUGAAUCUAUGACCGCUGAGCAGGAUUGUACAGCUUCUAAAGUAGAGCUUUUGGGGAGUACUGUGCUAGGGUCGGGGAUGAUCAGAACUGGGUAGACGUUGUUUCACAGAUACAGAAACAAGCCCAGAGGGGCAUAGCCACCAGCCUGAUAACACAUGGUGAUAGGGUAUGGACAUAAAUUUAUUAUACAAACCAGGCCACUUUUGAGGGUGAAUGGGAUCUAUAAUAAUUAGGUUGGGACAGUGGGUGUGGUAUUUCUACCGAGUUCCUGAUUCCUGAUCCCUUUGCCCUUUUUGAAAGGCAAGGAGGAGCUGGUAACGGCUUUAUUGAGAUGUAAUUCACUUACCACAUAGUUUACCCAUUUAUCCAUUUAUGGUGUACAAUUCAGUGAUUUUUAGGAAAUUCACAGAAUGACCAUAAUCAAUUUCAGAGCAUUUUCAGCAGCCCCCAAAAGAACCCUGCACCCUUUAACAGUCGCUCUCCAACUUCCCUCCAUCUGCCCUAGUCCUAGACAACCACGGAUCUACUUUUUAUAUGGCUCUACCUAUUUUGGACAGUUCAUAUGUAUAGAAUCAUACAACAUAUGGUCUUUUGUGACCAGCUUCCUUGACCUAACACAGUUUCCUGUGGCUGUCCCUGUUGAAUGUGUGCCGGCAUGCCAGUCCUUCUUAUUCUGUGGAUAGGCCAUGUCUUGUUUGUCCAUCUGUCACUUGAUGGGCAUUGAGCUGUUUCUAUUUUUUGGCUAUUAUGAAUAAUGCUGCUACAAGCAUAUUUGUACAACUUUUUAUGUACACGUAUGUUUUCAUUUCUCUUGGAAAUGUACACAGGAGUGGAAUUGCUGGGUCAUAUAGUCACCCUAUUUAACUGGAGUAACUGCCAGGCUGUUUCCCAAAGCAGCUGCACCAUUUUCCACUCCCAUUUCAGCGGUGUACAAGAGUUCCAGUUUCUCCACACCCUCAUCAACAUGGGCUGUUAGCUGUCUGUUUGAUUACAGCAUCGUAGUGGGUAUGAAGUGGUUUCUCAUGGUGGUUUGGAUUUGCAUUUCCCUCAUGGCUAAUGAUGUUGAGCACUUUUUUCAUGUGCUUAUGAUACAGGUCCUAUAUCAGAUACAUGAUUUGUAAAACUGUUCUCCCAUCUUGUAGGUUGUCUUCACUUUCAAAGCUUUCAAUUUGAUAAAAUCCAAGACUACCUAUUUUUCUUUAGUCGCUCAUACUUUUGGUGUCAAAUUGAAGAAAUCAUUGCCUGAUCUAAGGUCAAGAAGAUUUAUGCCUAUGUUUUCUUUUAAGGCAUUUUAUUGUUUAGUUCUUACAAUGGCCUUUGAUUCAUUUUGAGUUAUUUUUUGGACAGGCAUACCUAGUUUUAUUGUGCUUCAUGGAUGUUACACUUUUUACAAAUUGAAGGCAAGACUCUCCACCAGCAAAAAGAUUAUGACUCACUUUAUUGUGAUAGUAGCUUUUUAGCAGGGGUCUGGAACCACACCCACAGUAUCUUUGAGGUGUGCCUACAUGUGGUAUGGUGUUGGGGUCUCACUUUAUUCUUUUGCUCGUGUCUGUCCAGUUGUCCCAGCACCAGUUGUUGAAAUGAUUACUGGAAUCCCCAUGGAAUUAAUCGUCUGGGAACCUUUGCUAAAGGCCCCUGAUUUUUGCUGAAAAAAAAAAUUUUUUUUUUGGACAUGGGACUGUUGUUGGCAAGCUCGCCUUUUCUUUUUUGGAGCAGGCUUUCUGUUCUCUUUGUGCUGUCUCCCCCUUUACCUAUCUCAGCAGUACUGGGUCAUAUCAGUUUCUGGUGUUCUGCAAUCUUUCUUGCUGUGUGUUCUAGUCUCACAUACCAUUCCUUGGGGAAGGUCAAUGCCAAUCAUUUUCUUUUUGAGGAAAGUGAGUCACACAGAAGUGAAAUAACUUGCCAAAGUUUACAUAGAACCAGGACUCGACCUGUGGUCUUCUGACAUCCAGCCUUUCAAGUUGUCUUUAGUCACCUGUACCUGAGUGGUGUUACUACCCAGGCCAAGUGAUGGCAGGCUCAAUUUUAAUUCUAAAAAUAUGGUAAGCUAAUAUUUUUAUUUCUUAAUUCCAAAAGAGGACCUAAUAAAGAUCUGUGAUCUUAA